ACCCAUCAGACCCCACCAGGACCCAUCAGACCCCACCAGGACCCAUCAGACCCCAUUAGUACCCAUCAGACCCCAUCAGGACCCACCUGACCCCACCAGGACCCACCAGGACCCACCUGACCCCACAGGACCCGCGAGGCCCAGCGGAGCCGAUGGCCAGCGGCGGCCUGGAGCUGCUGGGCCUGGCCCUGGCGCUGGGGGGCUGGGGGGCGGUGGUGGCGGCCACGGCGCUGUGGCAGUGGCAGACCAGCACCUACGCGGGGGACAACAUCGUGACGGCCGUGUCCACCUACCAGGGGCUGUGGGGCAGCUGCGUCAGCACCAGCACCGGGCAGCUGCAGUGCAAGGCUUACGACUCCCUGCUGGCGCUGCCGGGUGAGUUGGGGCGGGUAUGGGGCGGUCCCGUUUUUGGGCUCAUUUCCCACGAUUUCAGGUCCAUUUUCGGGGUGCCCUUUUGGGGCCCAUUUUUGGACUCAUUUCCCGUGAUUUCAGCCCAUUUUUGGGCUCAUUUCCCACGAUUUCAGGUCCAUUUUCGGGGUGCCCUUUUGGGGCCCAUUUUGGGCUCAUUUCCCGCGAUUUCGGCCCAUUUUGGGCUCAUCUCCCGCCCCUUCCCAGGUCUCUGUGCCCUCAUUGCCUGCUCCUGGUUCGCCCACCGCGUCAUCACGGAUUUCUACAGCCCCACCAUCCCCACAAACCUCAAGUACGAGCUGGGCCCGGCGCUGUUCGUGGGCUGGGGCGGCGCGGCGCUGCUGCUGCUGGGCGGGGCGGCGCUGCUCUGCUCGUGUCGGACCGGAACCGGAACCGGAACAGCCCGAUACCCGCGGGUGAAGGCGGCGCCUCGAAAGACCGGAAGCGGAAGUGCCACCGACUACGUCUGAGAGCGCCACGCCCCCGCCGGGCGGCGCGCCAAUCGGAUCGCAGAACGGGCCUUGAGUCACGCCCCCUUUUUUUUAGCCGCGUCCCUUUAGCUCCGCCCCCUCGGCAGGAACCGGAAGUGCCGCCAAAUACGUCUGAGAGAGCCCACCCUCCCCAAAACCGCCCUCCAAUCGGAUCGCAGAACCGCCCUGCAGCCCCGCCCCCUUUUAGCGACACUCAUUAUAAUCCCUCCCCCGCGACCGGAAGCGGAAGUGCCUAAACGCUCUCUCCGCCAAGCCACGCCCCCACAGCCCCCGAUCCACCAAUCGCAUCGCAGAAGCCGCCUUUAGCCCUGCCCCCUCGCAGCCCCGCCCCCAUUUCGGGCGGCUUUCCUCGUUUUGACCAAUUCUGCCCAUUUUCGGUGCGUUUCCCCGCCGCGUUUUGGCCGUUUCGCCCAAUUUUAGCUUUCCUCUCCCGAUAUUUCAGCACUUCCCGCCCCCUUUUGCCUCAUUUCCCCACAUUUCGGGUUCAUUUCCCCCAGUCUGUCCAUUUCUUCCCCUCCCCUCAAUUAAUUGCGGGCUUUAAAUCACUUUUUUUUUCCCCCACCGAACGAUUUUCCCCCAAAAUCGCGAUUCCCCGCCCAAAUUUCGGGUUUUCUCCCUAAUUUUGCCACUUCCCAGCCACAUUUGCGUGUUCGGAGACCAAUUUUGUGCCUUUUCCCCCAUUUUGUACUUUUUCCCCCCAUUUCCGCGUUCCUCCCCCCUCCCU